UACUGGAUUCCUUCCUCUGUUGUAGUGAUAAUGUCGCUGCAUUCAUCUUUCUGCUUAAAAAUGAUAGCAACAAGUUUCAUAGCCCUGUAUGUAUGCUCAGGAAAUCUAAAGCUUUGGCCAUCCACUUGGAUGAUUUCAUAUGAGUCAGUUUAUCCUUAUUCAAGUUUCUGCAUAGUCGAGCUUCCCAAAGUUUUCUUUAUAGUACAGACCAGACCAACAGAGAGAUCCUGUAUGUUUGUGAUUUCUAAUUUCAUAACUUUUAAAGGAUUGCCUGGACGCCGGGAAGUAGAAGUCAAAUAUGUGGACUUUGGUAAUACUGCAAAAAUAACACUUAAAGAUAUGCGGAAAAUCAAGGAUGAGUUUCUGGACCCCCCAGAGAAGGCAAUUAAAUGUAAGCUGGCAUAUAUUGAACCAAGUAAAAGAACACAGUGGUCCAAAAAGGCUAAAGAAAAAUUUGAAGAAAAGACUCAAGACAAAUUUGUGACAUGUUCUGUUAUUAAGAUUCUGGAAAAUAAUGUGCUCUUGGUUGAGCUUUUUGAUUCUCGGGUUCCUGGAGCAACUGCUGUUAGUAUUAAUGACCAGCUUGUCAAAGAAGGCCUAGCGACUUAUGAAGCAGGAUAUACCAUCAAAGAUAAUUCUAAAAAGCAUCUUGAAGUAUGGGAUCCUUCUCCUGAAGAAAUCAUUUCAAGUGAAAUAAACAGCUUAAGUCCUCUGUCUGUAAAAUCUCUACCUAAUGAGAAUUUCCAGGUCUUAUAUAACAAGGAGCUGCCUGUGAAUAUAUGUAAUGUAAUAUCUCCUGAGAAGAUUUAUGUUCAGUGGUUAUUAACAGAAAACUCACUUAAUAGUUUGGAAGAGAAGAUGACAGCCACCUAUGAGAACUCAGAAUGGAAACCUGUUAGAUGGGAACGUGACAUGCACUGUGCUGUUAAGGUCCCAGCUAAAAGUCAGUGGAGAAGAGGCCAGAUUAUCAGAAUGGUCACGGACACAUUGGUGGAGGUCUUGCUGUAUGAUGUGGGUGUUGAACUAGUAGUGAGUAUUCACUGUCUAAGAGAACUUCAAGACAGUCUAAAGACCAUGGGAAGAUUGUCUCUAGAAUGCUCACUUGUUGAUAUAAGACCAACUGGUGGAAGUGACAGGUGGACAGCAACAGCGUGUGACUGUCUCUCACUGUACCUUACUGGAGCUAUAGCAACCAUAAUCUUGCAGGAAAACAGCACAACAUGGCCAUUACCUGUGAAAAUUUUCUGCCGAGAUGAAAAAGGAGAACGUGUUGAUGUUUCUAAAUAUUUGAUUAAAAAAGGUUUGGCUUUGAAAGAAAGAAGAACUAGUAAAUCAAAUAAGAGCCAUUCAUCUGAGACAUCUUUGGAAAUCCCUCCAGAACAAGGAGAGUCAAUAGUUACUAAGUGCUUUAAAACUAACUUUGAUACUAACAAGAAAAAUGCUGAUAAAAUGAAUGAACACAAAGUACCUGAUUCAAAGGAGAAAAAAUCAGAAACCAGAACCACCGGAUGCUAUAAACCACCAGUUAUUCCUAACACAAAUGCAUUUGAGGCAGUAGUGAGCUGCAUUGGUAAUGAUGGAACUAUAUUUGUAGUGCCUAAAUUAUCAGAGUCUGAACUCAUCAAAAUGAUGGAUGAAAUUCAAAGUAAUUUUAAGUGCCUUGGUCUUUUGGAGCCAUAUUUCUGGAAAAAGGGAGAACCUUGUGCAGUGAGAGGAUCUGAUACUUUGUGGUAUCGUGGCAAAGUCGUGGAGGUUGUGGGAGGCACCAUCCGGGUGCAAUAUUUAGAUCAUGGGUUCACUGAGAAGAUUCCACAGUGCCAUCUUUAUCCUAUUGUGCUGUAUCCUGACACACCCCAGUUUUGUAUUCCCUGUCAGCUCUAUCAGACCUUACCGGUUGGAAAUGUGUGGCAGCCAGAUGCCAUAGAGCUGCUUCAGGAGCUGCUUCCAAAGAGAGAGGUGGACAUUCACAUUAUGGAAUUGCCUGAAAAUCCAUGGGGAAAGUUGUCUGUUCAUCUCUAUUUUGAUGGGAUGUCACUUUCUCAUUUUAUGGCUCAUCAUAAAUGUUGUAUUUUUGAACAUUCUGAGGAGAUAUUUAAAGAAAAACCAAGAGGUCAGGAUAAAAAAUAUGAAGAUGAACACUGGAAAAUAAGAUUUGAGGAAUUGCUUUUGCCUGAAAUGGAGGCUCCCAUUUUACCACCGUAUCUGUCUUCACUUCUCCCUCCACCAGAGGAGCGGUAUGCUGUGCAAGUGAAGCACAUCGUCUCACCUAACGAAGUGUAUAUUUGCCUUGAUUCUGCAGAAAGCUGUUCUCACCAUCCUGGUGACACAGAUGACAGUGGAAUCAGCUGGGAAUCUGAGUCAGAGAACCUAGAAGAAGCACUGCAGAGAUACAACAGGGAUGUGGAGAACUUCCCUCCCCUGACAGACUUUAGCUCAGAAAUGCCUUGCCUUGCAGAAUAUGCUGACGGCUUGUGGUACAGAGCAAAGAUCAUUUCCAUUAAAGAAUUCAAUCCUUUAUCUGUCCUGGUACUAUUUGUUGAUUAUGGGUCCACAGAGAAGCUAACAGUAAACAGACUCCGUCAGAUUCCUGUUCAGCUUAUGCAAUAUCCAGCCCAGGCCAUAAAAGUUCUCUUGGCAGGAUUUAAACCUCCCUUAAGUGACUCGGGAAAGGCAAGAAUACCAUACUGUCCCAAGUGGAGCAUGGAAGCAUUGUGGACUAUGAUAGACUGUCUCCAAGGAAAACAACUUUACGCUUCCUCUGUGGCUCAGGCACCAGAACAAAUAGUGACAUUAUAUGAAGAUGAACAGUACCCAGUUCAUAUGUCCUUGGUAGAAUUGGGGCUUGCAGAUAAAGAUGAAUGAUGUGUACAAGAGCACCUGUAGCUGCCCAGAAAGUUUUUUGUUAGAUUUAUACCAUUUCAGGUUUGACUUUUAACUUGUUCUGCAGUGGUAUCAUUUUUCCUCCUUCAGUCAUAUUUGUUAUAUUGUUAAAGAAUGGUGUGGGGAAAAGUUAAUAUUUUCUUUGAAACUUUUGUUUUUACUUAAUUUCAAAAUAAAAUUUAGGCACAUAGAAAUUUUAGUUCAUGUUAUUAACUAACACUUUGCUUAAGAAAUAUCAAAACUGUUGAUGGUCCUGCAGUGUCUCACCCCAUCCCCCACUUCCUUACAGAGGUAUGAUUGAGUUUGAUGUGUAUAGCUACAUAAGUCUUUGUAUUGUAGCUGCAUAUGAAUCUGUAAGACUGAGCACCAUUAAGCCUAGGUAACGUUUCCACUGUUGGCUUUGCUGUGUUGGUGGCAGCUCUACUGCACUAAGCUCCCUGCCCGUCUGAGUGCAUGACCUUACUGUUGGCUGUUGAGCUGGCUACUGGGCUUUGCUGUUGUUUUUCAGUUGCAUUCUCCUAUAGGCCUUAUACAUGUGAGAGGUUCUUCCUCUAUGUGCGUAGUAGUAGAAGAAUUUGCUAGGUCAAGGAGUAGUUACUUUUGAAAAGUUAGACAUUGCUGAAGAUGGCAGU